GAGCAUUGCGUCAGGUUUCAAUCCACAGAAAACCACUGGUAAGCAAAAAAAUUGCAACAGUCGACCCACUUAAUCUACAUGGGGUGACAGUAAUGCGUGAAACUGUCCACAAACAAUGCUCUUUUUAUUUUGCCCAACUUGGUGUUGUGCUUGCGUCUGUAACAAUUUCCAGGUACGUCCAAAUCAAACCGCCAAACAAGCACAAUUAAAUGUAUUAAUUGCUAGAUCAAAAGUAAUAAUUAAUUUAAUCGUUACACGUUGGUUUGGUGAGUUGGAGUUCCUACCUUUGGAUUAAAAAUGAUAUCGGUCAAAAUUGCUUGUUUUUGUCUCUUUGUGACUUUGUCAACUUGUCAACGGCCACCUGGAUCACCUGAAGGGAGAUGGGACCGACUUAAUCAUGAAAUGUCCCAACACCAACCACAUCCCCAGCCACAACCUUUAGCGCGUAACUUUGAACAUCCUGAUUUUGCUCUCGAAGGUCCAGAAGCCCCCGAAGGUCCAAAUAGUGCAGAAAAUGCCGAAAAUGGAAUUGCAGGUAAUGAUGAGUAUAACCCGGUUGUUGGUUUUGGUUUACCUGGGGUUCCCAUUCUCGGAGCAGCCGCCCUUGAUGCAAAACUCAAAGGUGCUGCAGCCGUGGCGGCCGCGGAAGUUAAAGCGCUUGCAUUGAAGCAUAAAGCAGAGCUUGAAAAGGCCCUGAUUGACGCUAAAUUAGAACAUCAGUUAAUGGCAUCCAAGAUGCGUUUGGCUGGUCAUAAGAUGUUAUUCCACUCUGCUAUUCUAGGUGUUGAUCGCAGCGCUGGGCCGGAAGAUACUCCCGAAGCGAUUAAAGCCGAUGUUGACCGAGAUAUGCAAGAAGUAAAUGCUGGUGAUCGUGGACAUCCGCAGGUAUUCAGUCGUUUAAAUGAGUUGUUUGGGAAACCACCAGUAAAACGCGAUGUACCACAUGACAUGAACUUCCGUGGACCUCAUAUGAGACGUGAUGAAGAAUUGUUCCUCUGGAAUUUGAAUAAUUUUGGAAGACAGCAGGAAUCACUGAGACAGGAAGUACCUCAAGACGCUCAGAAUGCUCCCCGUCCACAACCAACUCCCCCAGAACAAUCUGGACAUUUCGAACCUGAUGAAGAGAUUCCAGAAGAAGAUCCAUUUGAAGAUACAGAAGCCCUGAUACCGCUUGACGAAAUUCACGGCAAUAAAGUUCCAGAAGAAGCUGGAUUUUCGAUUCGCACAGCUGAGAAUCCAAUAUUGACCAGACCGCAUCCCAGACAUUUUGGACACUUUCAUCAUAAAUCUUUAGGUUUCCAUUCAUCGCAUGAUGGGUUCAACGCUGGACCGUAUGGAUCUAGCGCACCUAGUAUGGCAGGACAUGGCGUGGGAGGCUUGGUAGGACCAUUUGGCAAGUUUGGUCGCCCAACAGAGAUCACCAUCAACAAUCAACAGAAUACUUUUACGAACGCCGUACCAACAUCAGCGGGUAAUGCUAAUUAUCAGAUCUCUCAAAGUACAGGACAAGCAGGGUCCAGUCAAUCUCAUUCCGCUUCUAACAACGGUCAGCAUCAUGCACAUGGAGGGCAUGGGCAUGGUUUCAGAGCAGCGGAAGAAGAGCAGAGGAAUGAUAAGUCUAGGUCCAACGGCCCCAGUUCUCGGAUGCAGAUGAUGAGGAGUAAUUUAAGAAUGACUUCGCAAACUGUAGUUCCAGUAGAACCCGUCUUAGGCCAAGCGCAAGAUAUGCACCUGGCCGACCAUUUUUUAGGCACGCGAGGCCUGAUGCCCGCAGCCUCAGGCUCCACCAUGAUGAUUCAACAAUCCAAUCAGCAGACCCACUCUGGAAGUAUAAUAAACGUUCCUAGUUGGAGAUCCAGCCAUCAUCAUCAUGCAAAACGAUCCAUUGACAACAAUCAACAAAAGACAAUAAAAAACAACAUAAUCCAAGAAACAAAAUAUUUAAAUAAACUUCAGGACGAUACUCUAGACAAAAAUUUCUUAGAAAUGAUGCAACAUUCCUAUCCAACUCAAACAAAAGAUAAAUCAAAAUCAAGACGUAGACGUGCAUUACCAUUAAUUCGCCUAGCAAUGGACCCCAACUCCAAACUCAACAUGCCUAAAACUCUGGAAAACAUCGGAACAAUUGCCCGCAACUCUUUUGAAGAUAAACACGCACCCAUGUAUCACGUACGCAACAUGAUCGGUUCGGUGAAGAACGCAUUUAUGUCGGGUCUUCGAGUCGCUCCACACGAUUUAAUCAUUCCCUCUCAGUACAGAAUCAUCGACACCAAAGAAGAAAUGGUGAUGAAACCAUCGGAAAUUGAAGAAAUCAAAACACGAGCCGCUGCUGACGCAACUGCUGCAGCAGAAUCGCGAGCGGCUAGGGAUCGUGAACGGGAACGAAGACGAGAAGCACUAACUCCACCGAAACCCUUUGAAAUCGUUCAAACUAAACCACAAAAUGAUUUUAUGACCAGAUUAGAAUCAUUGAAAAGUCUCUUUAAGAAUCCUCUUAUAACUCCAAAACCAAAAACAAUUGAUGAGUCAGCUCUUAGAAGAAAAGCUUUUGGUUUGGGGACUGAAGGUGCGCCAAUUUUGGGUUCUCGAAUGAACACCGACGAUAAUGAGGUGGAUCCCUUUGAUUUUUUAAAAACUUUCCAAAAAGUUGGUUCAGUCGUACGUGGCAGUAUAAAAUCCGGACAGGAAACGAUUCAACACAUUAGUGAAGCAGCUCACAGUGCCCGGAAAGCUUACAAUACAGCUCGUUUUGGGGCACCGAGAGUAUUACUACCCUAUGCUAGAGCACCGGUUGUCGAAAACGAUAAUAAGUUAAUGUUUAUUGCCCCAAGAUUUCUAGAUAUUGAUAAAGAAGAUCCUACAGUUGGAAUGGUGGUACAACCAAUGGUUGGAAUGGGUGAAAUUAUGAAUGCCUUUGGUGUUGCAAAUCCAGAAGCUGCAAAGGUACAGAAGCAAAGAAUUAUCGUUGAGAAAACACACCAUCCCCAACCGGGUAAAGUGCCCAUUUUUGAAGCUAGAUUUGGAGGUGGAGAUGAGCACGUUAAUUCCAUGGCAGCUCGAGACAACGAUAAUCAAUAUUUUAUCUACGCUGAAGAUAUUGAUGAAGAAGAAGAACCUCCGAUAGUUGAGGAUACACUUAAAUCAUUGCAAUCAUUGAAAGACAUCGUUGGGGCUAAAACAAUUACAGAGUUUUUGGAAGAUAUGAAGAAAGAUUUUACAUCGUUGCAUGUCAGCCGCAAAGUAAACGACAUUCAAGACUUAAAAAGUCAAAUGACCGACGCCCAAGUAAGUUCACGCAUUGCUGAAGAAACUGAGGAAGAAGAACAGGAGUUGAAAAGAUUUUUAAAUGAUUUGUUUGCUGAUCAAACUGCAAAAAUUGAUAGAAAUUAUGAAGAAGCUAAACUGCAACAACAACAACAAUCUAAUAUUCCUGUAACUCCUCCACAAGACGUACACGUGAAACUACAAUUGAAAGAACAAUCUCCCUCCAAAAGCGAUGAAAUAUUAGGUUCAAAACUAUUCCUACCGCAAAACUUGCUGAAGCCUUUCAUGAAUCAACCAAACACUGAGCAACUCAAUGAUUAUUUCCGAGAAAAUGGCGAUGUAGAGGAAAUCAAAGAUAAUCCCAACGAAAAUUUUAACAACUUUUUAAGAAUGCAUGCUUUGGUAGCCGCAAUUAAUCCGCAGAUGUACAAAGAGCUAUUUAAUCAAACUUUAAAGAUCAAUCCAAAUUCCACUGUGCUGCAUCCAGAAGAUUUAUUUAAUAACACAAAACUUGGAACGGCUCGCAAUAUAGAACAGAUGGGUAGAGAACCUGAAAGUGAUUUAAUUCAAAUGAGAUCACAGUUUUGUCCUGAACAGAACAAAAAUGAAAAUUUGGCCAGCCCAGAUCAGGCUCAUCCAAUAACUCCGGAAAACCAACAACCCCAACAGGACGAUGAAGAGAAAAAACGAAUUAGCAUGCAUUUUCAUAAAAAGUUAACAAAACCAUUCAUGGGCAAAGUAAAACCCAAGACAGAAUAUUAUUACGAUUACGGUUACGAUGAUAAUUAUUAAUUUGGUUUAUAAUUU